GCUGGCAGGGGCGGGGCCGGGCCUCGGAGCGUGUGACGCCGCGAUUGCGGCGGAGCUGGAGAUUAAUGGGAAAAGUUUUGGCAGGAGCUGGGGGAUUCUGCGGAUCCUUCGGGACGGCGGCGGCGGCCGCGCUAGAGGCUACCGGGACCGUGCUGUGCAGUGUUGUGGGCAUGCACGUGGCACUCACUCAGUGGCUCCUGCUCACCGACAGAUGAGGAUGAACGUACCUUAAAGGCGGACAGGAACUGCCCUGUGGAGGUCCAUCUGCGCUCAGACCCAGAUGAUGCCAGAGCUAUGACCAGGCCUGCAGGCGUGGCGCCGAGCGGAGUUCAGUCAUGGAGCAGCCACAGGAGGAGGCCCCUGAGGUCCGGGAAGAGGAGAAAGAGGAAGUGGCAGAGGCCGAAGGAGCCCCAGAGCUCAACGGGGGACCAGAGCAUUCGUUUCCUUCGAGCAGCCACACAGACCUCUCCCAGAGCUCCUCACCUCCCUCCCUGCUGGACCAGCUGCAGAUGGGCUGUGAUGGGGCCUCAGGCGGCAGCCUCAACAUGGAGUGCCGGGUUUGCGGGGACAAGGCCUCAGGCUUCCACUAUGGCGUCCAUGCAUGCGAAGGGUGCAAGGGUUUCUUCCGCCGGACAAUCCGCAUGAAGCUGGAGUAUGAGAAGUGUGAUCGAAGCUGCAAGAUCCAGAAGAAGAACCGCAACAAGUGCCAGUACUGCCGCUUUCAGAAGUGCCUGGCACUGGGCAUGUCACAUAAUGCCAUCCGCUUCGGUCGGAUGCCAGAGGCUGAGAAGAGGAAGCUGGUCGCGGGGCUGACAGCCAAUGAGGGGUACCAGCACAACCCCCAGCUGGCUGACCUGAAGGCCUUCUCUAAGCACAUCUACAACGCCUACCUGAAAAACUUCAACAUGACCAAAAAGAAGGCUCGCAGCAUCCUCACCGGCAAGUCCAGCCACACAGCGCCCUUUGUGAUUCACGACAUCGAGACCCUGUGGCAGGCGGAGAAGGGCCUGGUGUGGAAGCAGCUGGUGAAUGGACUGCCGCCCUACAAGGAGAUCAGCCUACAUGUGUUCUACCGCUGCCAGUGUACCACGGUGGAGACCGUGCGUGAGCUCACCGAGUUUGCCAAGAGCAUCCCCAACUUCAGCAGCCUCUUCCUCAAUGACCAGGUGACCCUCCUCAAGUAUGGUGUGCACGAGGCCAUCUUUGCCAUGCUGGCCUCCAUUGUCAACAAAGAUGGGCUGCUGGUGGCCAAUGGCAGUGGCUUCGUCACCCAUGAAUUCCUGCGCAGCCUCCGCAAGCCCUUCAGUGACAUCAUUGAGCCCAAGUUUGAGUUCGCUGUCAAGUUCAACGCGCUGGAACUUGAUGACAGUGACCUGGCACUCUUCAUCGCAGCCAUCAUUCUGUGUGGAGAUCGGCCAGGCCUCAUGAAUGUGCCACAAGUGGAAGCUAUUCAGGACACCAUCCUGCGUGCUCUGGAGUUCCACCUGCAGGUCAACCACCCUGACAGCCAGUACCUCUUCCCCAAGCUGCUGCAGAAGAUGGCCGAUCUGCGGCAGCUGGUCACUGAGCACGCCCAGAUGAUGCAGUGGCUAAAGAAGACUGAGAGCGAGACCUUGCUGCACCCUCUGCUCCAGGAGAUCUAUAAGGACAUGUACUGAGGCCGAGGUCCAGCCCAAGCUGCUGGUGCCCAGUCACACUCCCAGACAUGAGGCCCAGGCUCCUGCCCCUUCUCCUUCCCCCCAUUGCUCCCCAGCUCCCCCAUUUCUUACUGUUCGCCUCUCAUGGUCCCCACCUUCCGGGCAUCCCUAGUCUUCUGCCUUGCCUUCUGUGGAGUCCUCUUCCUGCCCCACAUGUCUCCAUGUCUGUCCCCCUCAUUGGUACUCUUCACCAGCAGCCCAGAACAGGACCUCUGCCUUGACCACCUUCCUGGGAGCAUGGGGCCUAGGCAGCCCUAGCCCUAGCCCUGCCCAGCCACUGCCUCGCUUCUGUACCCCUCUGCAAACACUUGAGCCAUCCAAAGAAACACUACACUCCCGGCACAGCUUUCCAGAAAGCUUGGCCUGGACCCACUGCAGUCCUAGUCUGUGGUCAUGGUCACAGGGUUCCUCCUGCAGAGAACAGUGGCCAGGGGGCCUGGGCUGAGAGCCACAUGCCUCUCCUAGUCUGUCUCCCCAGCCCCUAGGCCAUUGUCACUCUUAGCCCCUCUCCUGGCCCUGGGGCCACCCAGUGCAUGGAGGGAGGUGGGGUUUCCUCCAUAUGGGGCACCCUUCCCUCACUGAAGAGGAGGGAUGGCCCAAGGGAGCAGCACUCUUCCUCCAAUGCCAGGGUGAAAGACCAGGAAAGGCUUGAGGCAGACCCUCCAUCAGCAUCACAGCAGGCCCCACCCUGCAGCAGCAUCCACACUGGCAGAACCAGUUCCAGGAGCUGGGCUGCAGCUACUUUCCUCCAGCCAGGAGACUGGCACGCUCACCCCCAGAGAUGCUGCCUCAGUGCAACCAAGGCACUGACCCACCUCAUCAUCACUGCAGGGCCCUUGCCCUGCCCUGCCCACUCCCAGGGCUGGGGUAUGGGAGGCAGGUGUGACCCUGUUCCCAGGGGUGGUGGUCCCUGAGCAUCCAGUGCAGGCUCUGAGGGAUCAUCAGAUCCGUGCUCCCCUACAUACAUGCCUCCCAGCAGCUCUCUGCCCUUCCCUAUUUUCAGCCUGCCUGGUCACUGAGCUCCCAGCUGCACAGUUUAAAGUGGGAUGGAACUUGCUGGAUGCACCCACCCUUUGCCCUGCCCCCUUCAUGCUCUUAAGUGGAGGUGGGUUCUCCUGAGACCAAGGUUGGAGCCCAGCAGAGCAGGAGGCUGACCCUGCCCAGGCCUGCAGGGAGC